AUGGUAACGACGCAAGAAAGCUUAAGAGUGUGGUUAAAUGAGAAGUUUUUAUUUUAUAUUUUUUAAGAUAUUAGCAUUAACUUAUACAAAGAAAUGAAAUGGAAUAAGUAUACAAAAUAAAAAAUAACUCAAUAACUACUCUUUCGAGUUUCAAGAGUUAACUCAAUUACCCAGCCUGCAAAACUAGUUUGUUAAUAGUAGUUGGCCCCACUACAAUAGUGUAUGUACUGUCGAUCGAUCUCUCUAUACAUAAUUAUAUAUGCUGUCUACAGCCAGCUAAUCAAGAUCGAAACUUGAUUGUAAGUGUACCCGUGUUCCAAUGAUAUUCUGAUUGCUGGCGUUCAGUGGAUUAGGUGAUAUAUAUUAGCCUGCCCGGCACUAUAGUUUGUCUUUACUUGAUAUUUUAUUUUGUUUCUGAUCUGUGCUGUUGACUAUAGACAGUAAUAACAGUAAUUAGUUUAUGUCUGCAUGGACAGUUCAUGAACAAUUAUUGAAUCAAACAGCAGUCGGGAUCGGGCAUCUUUACAUUAGGUUGAUAUAUACUAUCCUGAAUUUACAACUGAUGAUAAAAUGAAAAGGGUUAUGAAUAAUAUGGAACUGCAUGCGGCAUCUGCCGCAAAAGCAAAACUACAGGAUCAGGAACAACCUUCCAAAGAAGAAGGACCUCAACCUUCGAUUGGAAUAAGGGCGCAGGACCUUAUUGUCUCGAAGCGUAAAUUAAAACACGUAGAUCGCAAGGAUGUUUUUGAAACAGCUACGUUGGACAAAACAGGUCUCUUUAACAAUGGUGAAGGAAUAACUGAAAAUAUGGUGGAAUUUCUGCCACUGCACAUUGCCAGACACAACAUCAUAACCACAAAUCUGACCAAUGAUCUCGUCACACUUAAUUUCUCCGGAGUUGAGAUGCUAACAGAUGCUGUGUUCUUUAUCUUAUCUUAUACCAACACCACAUUUCGGUCACUCAAGAAGCUGAUCUGCUCAGGGUGCUGUCAUCUUACUGAUCUUGGGGUCACAUGGAUUGCUAGAAUGGCCCCUGAACUCAGGAUGGCAGAGCUGGAAGGGUGUUCUAAAGUGACAGAGAAAGGGCUACAUGCUUUAUGCAAGAACUGCCCUCAUCUUCAGAAUCUUAGCAUUGUUGCAACAAAUGUCUGCAGAAUCCCCCAUGAAAUAGGAAAGACAGAAGUUUCACAUGGCAGCUUGCGCGCACAUGGUGCUCCAAUAAUUUCAUCUGACCUCUAUCUCCAUGAAAAGGCAAACAAUACCAGCACAAAGUCAGACAGUGAAGAAAAGAAGCCAAGUGGCAGAUGUCAGAAUAUUCCUGUAUUCAAGAUGGUUGUUCUUCGUGAUGAGAGCAUGACAAAAACCUUCAAAGACAUGGUUAUUAAGACUGAAGACAAUUGUGCGGCUUUACCUGCAAUACUUGUCUGGGAAUCAUGGCAGCCCAAGACUUUGAAUGUGGAAGACCUAGAUGUAAAAGUUAACAUCACAGAAAUUGCAGCUCAGAGCCCUCUUCAAGAUACAGUAAUUAGUCCUGGAAGCAUUGUCAUGAUUGUCUACACUGUUCCAAGCAAUGAAGAAAGUGAGAAGGUUGGUCACAGACUAGCAGAAACCAUUGGUUCAGUUGUUGCUAAGCUGUUUGUGCAACUACUGCCAAGUAUGGCACUGCAGUUUCCAGAUGUAGUGAUGGUCACUUUAGGGCUGAAAGCAUCUGAGAACUUAUCAUCGGGUGUCCAUGAAGCCAUCAUUAAAACACUGACAAACUGGAGCAAGGCUAUCAACAAUGACAUCGAGUUUAUUGUCAGGAAAUCUUGGCAUAUGGAGAACAUAGACUUCAAUGGACAACUGUCUAUCUCUGCUAUGGGACAAGCGCACGAAAAACUUAAAGAACUGAUAGCAACUGAUUCAAACUUUCUUAUUAUGCUAUCUUGCAUGCCAGGACAUCUUUCGGUGGCACUGGCUACAUGCUUGACAGCAGCCAUUCAGAGUGUCAAGGCCAACUUCCCAUGGAUCCAUGACCCAGUGGAUAAUUCAUGUUUUCAGCUGAUGGAUUUGCUCCCCAUAAAACCCUUAACUUCACUGCACCAAGAAUAUCACUGUAUGAACAAGAAUGUCAGAAAGCAGUUCCACCAUAGACAGGCAUACCCCUGCAUGCGGAAAAUUGUGGAUUUAAUGGCACAAUGUGGCCAUGCCUUGUACCUGCCAGGAUCAAGAGAUGACCUGUAUGUCACUGAUCUUCAGGGAUACUCUUCAUUAAUCUGUGCCUUUUCUGAGACGAGACCUCCUGUGUCAGGCAACUUUUCUUGUCUUGGUGGUCUGACAUCAUUUUGGAAUAAAGCGGCAGUGGCAGAGUUUUUGAAAAACCACAGUGCAGAAAUAAAGGUGGAUGACUUUAUAAAGUUGACAACAAAACAGGCAUUGGUCUUCCCUCUUCGAUCAACACCCAGUCAGAAGCCUCCCAUAGAGGAAGGUAGCAUCAACACGAAAUCCUCUGACAGCAACUUCUCUGAGAUGGUGUUCAUUCAUAUUAAAGAUUUGCCAAUUACCCACCCAGCCUUGGAUCAGCUAUGGCCAGACACGAUUCCACCCAACACCCUUCAUGCUAGCCUGUUCCACACCAUCUUUCCUGGUCUACCACCAUCUGUCCUUUUACAUGUCUUCAGGCAUAUUGUGAAAGUGAUCAAUCCCAUGCUUGUGUGGAGGACAGGACUCCUACUUCGACAAGGACCUGUUGAUGUUCUUGUCCAACUUUGGUACACAAAUCUUGAGCAUCAAGAAUCAGCACUCAGUCAAGAGUCUUCCACAUCCAGCCUGCAAGGCUCCCCUGUGCUUGUGAUCAGUGGGAGGCUACCCAUGUUGCCUUCACAGGAACCAGCAGCUAGACUGAACAACAACAAGUGUUUAUGGGGAGCUUUGCAGACAGUCUCUGUGAUCACUGAUUAUGUUUUCCGCAAACACAACAUUGCCACACAUGUCACCGUACCUUGUGAUCAGUGCUGUGAAGGCAACCUUAAACUGGCUUUAAAAAGGGAAUCAGUUUUUCAUUUUGUCUACUAUGCCACAUUUUCUGCUGAUGAAAGGGGCUCAAUGUGUAAGAUUCACAAAGUCAAGCCCAGCAUUGAAGAAAAAUGUGGCCCUCAAUAUCCAAGCAUAGUUCCAUUCCACAACUAUGUCUACCUACAAGCUGCCAACCAGAGAUUUAAUCAGCUGAAGACAGAUGGUCAUUUUAGGCAUCCAGAUACCAUCCAAAUAUGCUUUCUGUGUUGUGAUGGCAUGAGCCUUCUCUGUCAUCACUGUCACAUCUGCUCCAGGUGCAUCAGAUACUUAGCAAAAUGUGAGUCUUUCAUCAAGCCUGGGUUUGUUCGCGUCAAUUCAGUUAUCAAACAUGGAGUGCAGUCAGAACCAAUGGCUGACCCCGAAGCUGAAGCAAGUCACAUUCAAACAACUGUCACUGGUCCUCUGCUGAACAUGAAGAAAAAUCAAUCUGUGACCCUGAACCAGCCUUUGACACCAGUUUAUUUCAAUAAAGCCAGUAUCAGGAUUCUUCGAGGCUACCACUUCUCUGUGAGAGGGGACUUACCAAAUGGUCAAUUCUUCGAGUUCCAAGGACCUACAGGCACUUUCUUAGACACACAAGGCAAUUCAAAGACUCAAGCUGACAUAAAGUGCUGUCUGGGCAAUGUCCUAUCUAUCUGCAUGCAGUUCUCAGAGAUGCCUGGAAAGAGUGAUGUUUCAUUAUACUUGAAUGGACUGGAAAUCAGCAAAGAGACAGUAGAUGGAUGGGAAAUUCAGUUAACUAUCAGCAAAACCAUUACUGGUUUAACUGCACUAUGUAUACCUGGAGUUAAGAACUCCUGGCAGCUAGCAAAAAGGUCUCAAUUCUUCCCAGGCAAUACUGUGGAGAUUCUUCAAAAAGAAAGUUCUGUUAUCCUACCUGGACUUGUCACUGCAGCUGAACAUAAAAGGACACAGUUUAUAGUGUCUCCCACUGGAGAAAAUAUCAGCUUCAAUUCUAAGAGGAUUCGGCCAAGAGGUUAUGCAGAGCUCAAGCAGAAAGAAAUGAGUGGAAAUUUUGCAGAUCUUGAAGCUCCACCAAACACACUCAAAGAACCCCUGCCACUUUGGAAAUUUCAAGAGCAACACUUUCUGGAUUGCCUAGAGGAGUUGUUGAUGAAGGUCAAUGAUUUGGAUGAACUGAUUGCUCCAUGCACUGAUAUCAUAUCUCCUGCAGUAUUGUUUGCAGAGAUGGAGAGCAAGAAAGACUUAGUGGAAAAGGCUCUUUUUCAGGAUGGGCACGUGGACUUUAAUGGAACAGCUAUGGUCCUUCUGCCCUCUUACCUGUCAGUAAAAGAUCUGGCCUUCAUUCCUUUAAAUCGCUUAACACACGAGCUCUGCGCACACCCACUCUGCUACAUCCGUGGUGACAUCAACAGUGUGAUGUCUGUACAACCUACAUACAACCUACCAUCACAAGUGGAGUGUUUUCGCAUUGUGCAUUUGCUCAACAAUCCAGGUUUUCCAUUUCCUAUGGAAUCAGAAACCUCCUUCCGUCCACUGAUCUGGGCAUGGGCAUUAAUGUUGCUACACCUACAGAAGGAAGGUCUGAAAAAUUAUGACCAUCUGUUGGAGAAUUUUUCUGAUAUGGAGAUUUCAUCCCUUGAUGAGAUCUGGAAGGGACUGCGUCAGAUGGUCUCAGUGCUGGCUUUCCUGCUUUACCUUUCUUUCAAAGAUCAGCUGUCCCCGUAUUAUUUUCAGGAGUAUGAGACUGUCAAAGAACAUGCAGCAAAUCUUAAGAGCAAACUCAGAAUGCAAAUGGGAGAUGUGGCUAGUCAAGAGCUUGAGAUUAGAACCAUGGCUUUCACCAGUGAUGAACUGCUGAUGUGUACUGGCCACUCAUCAACCUGGCAAGCUGGUCAAGGUCUCACAGAGGUAUCCAAGCCAUUUCUUACUCAUUACCCACAGUUCAUCUACUCACUGAUGUUAAGCAAUAAUCAGCUGAAAGCUAUUCCAGGAAGUGUUUUUACAUCACUGUACAAUAUCAAGGAUCUGGACCUCAGUGAUAAUUUGCUUGAAGUCCUGCCAGAGGAAAUUGGGCAAUGUCAGUUCCUUCAAUCUUUAGCAUUAGACAAAAACUUCUUGACAGCUCUGCCAGAUUCUUUGGAGAACUGCAAGAACAUGCGGCGCUUGGAUAUAAGCAGAAACCAUUUCAAAAAAUUUCCUAAGGUGGUGACAAAACUGACUUCACUACUGCGCCUCUAUGCCCAAAGCCUUCAGCUGACAUUCUUACCUGAUGAUAUUGGCAACCUUUCUAACCUACAAAAUUUAUAUGUGAAUGGCAAUUGCUUCUCUUUACUGCCAUCUUCAAUCACAAAACUUCAGAAAUUAAAGGAUCUGAGUUUGAAUGGUGUACCAUGGUGCAAAGUUAGAGCUAACCAGCUUCUGUCCAAAGAACACUUUGAAAACAUGAUGACAGAGCAGAACUUAUCUCGUUGGCUGGAUGCGAAUAACCAGAGCAAAGCAGCUAUUUUCCAACUCUUUGAUGAAGAUGCCAAUGGAACCCUGGACCCAAAGGAGAUUGGGAAACUCAAUGCAACAAUUUUCACUAUUUUUCCAAGAUUUGGAUAUGUCAGUUCAGAGCCACCAAGUGAUGAAACACCCUCUGGAUUUCCAGAAGAAAUCCUAUCACUGGAAGCUUUAGAGUAUCUGAGUCUACAGUAUCAGGGAAUUGUGGGUGUGCCAAAUGGCAUCCAGAGACUGUCCAAACUCAGUGUCCUCAAUGUCAGUCAUAACCCUAACCUUCUGUCAGUGUCAGCUCACGCUGGCAAUCUGCCAUUGAAACGCUUGGAAAUGGAUGAAUGCCCACUGCUUAAGACUCCACCCAAGGAAAUCAGAGCUAAAGGAUUCUUCAGCUGCCAUGCAUAUCUAAAACGUCUGCUCAGUGGGUCUGUAGACUGCAAACGCACCAAGUUAAUGCUGGUUGGACUUGGAGGAGCUGGCAAAACCAGCUUAGUAAAGGCUCUCAUGAGUGAUACAGAUAAGGCUGACAUGAACAUUGGUGAAGAGAUCACCGAUGGCAUUGACAUCCAUCCAUGGAUUGUUGAUACAGAGGAAGGUCCACUAAAGUUCAGUGUGUGGGACUUCGCUGGGCAGACAGUAUAUUAUAAUACACACCAGUUCUUUUUGUCGGACCGGGCUGUGUACUUAUUAAUGUGGAACAUCCGACUUGGGCAUGAGCAUGCAGGUCUUGACUUCUGGCUGAGCUCCAUUUCUGUCCAUGCCCCAAAGGCUCCAAUCUUUGUUGUUGGGACACACGUUGAUCAGGUUUCCAAGGUAGAAUUGCCAACAAAAGAGAUGCAGAAGAAGUAUAAUCAGAUUGUUGGGUUCUUCUUUGUGUCAUCUUUUACUGGUCAGGGUAUAAAGAAUCUGAAAGAAAAAGUUGUAGAAAUAACACUCCAGCAGCAGUACAUGGGUGAGAAGAUACCAGGAGUGUGGCUUUCAUUUGAAGACAACAUGAAAAGAAUUGCUGACCGCAGUGUAAUACCAUACAGUGAACUGGAAAAGAUUGCAAAUCAGUCUGGCAUUUUUGAAAAAUCUGAGGUGGUCCAGGCAGUGCAGUUUCUUCAUGAGCUGGGCUCCUUGCAGCAUUUUACAAAAGAAUUUUUGAAGGACCAGGUUGUCAUUAAUCCUCAGUGGAUUGUUGAUGUUAUGGCAUGUGUAGUGUCUGUGAAGGAUUCUCCAAUAAAGGAUGGUAGACUAAAACAUGAGGAUAUUAGUACAGUGUGGAAAGACUACCCAGUUCAUCUGCAUUCCUGGCUGUUGAGACUGACAGAAGAGUAUGACCUGACAUUUCCUCUUGGUGAUGAGAAAGUGAAUCUUGUCCCUUGUCUACUGACAGAAAAGGAACCAGAGUUUGAAUGGCCAGAGAUUGAAAAAGGCAGUGAAGCAAGGGAGACUAAAAUGGUGUACAAGUUUCAUUAUCUCCCUGCUGGUCUUUUUAAUCGAGGGCAGGUUCGUCUACAUGAAUUUAGUGAUGGAUCACUGAUCUGGAAACGAGGUUCAUACCUGCACAAAAAUGGACAUUUGUGCCUUGUCAGACAGAGCAGGGAUUCAGAGUUGCUGGUUCAAGCACAGGGACCACGACCAGACAACAUUUUGUUUCUUGUGCAUGAAGUAUAUGAGGGGCUUAUUCUAGAGUCUUUUCAAGGAGUCACUUAUGACUAUCUCAUACCUUGUCCUGAGUGUCUGAGACUGAUGCUGAAAGAUCCACAUAUGUUUCCUGCCUCCAUUGUGCGACGUGCUGUAGAGUUGAAGGCUCCUUUCCUUCAGUGUCUUAAAUACUUUCACACCAUCUCCAUUGUAGAUCUACAGGCCUCCAUGCCUCCUGACAGCAGCACAGACUUUGACAUGCACCUUGUACAGGCUGUUCGAGGACUGAAAGAACUGCAUCAUGACUUGGCAGCUGAUAUAUUUGUAUCUUUCUGCAAUGAAGAUGAAGUGGGGGAUAAACCAGGAAUUAUAUCACCAUCAAGAGUAAUCAAUGAGAUGAUGAAAAUAGGCUACAAAAGCUGGGUUGCUGACAAAAACUCUUCAAUGGACGAAAUGGUGAAGGCUUUAAUGGAUGCUAAGUUGUUUGUGGUAUUCAUGACAAAUGCAUAUGUCAAUGAUGAGGUGUGUUGCAAUCUCUUCAAGUAUGCUCGCCUCACCUUGCACAAGCCAUUGUUGCUGAUUACUGUAGGCACUGGCUUUGAGUGGCAACAAGGGAGACUUGGCAUUCUUCUGGCAGAUGAGGUUUAUGUGAACAUGCAACAGGCAGAUAGAUAUGAGAUUAAACUUAAAGAGCUGAAAGAAAGACUGAAAGAUCGAAUUACCCAGAAAGUUGCCAGAGAAGAAAAAGAGUUCCCCCCUUGCUUCAUCAGUUACUGCUGGCAAAAUUCUACCAGAGCAGUUGCUAGAGGCUCUAGAGCUAUAGAAGGAGCCAUUGGCUAUGGUGAUCCACGAGACAUUAAAGACUUUCUGGAGAGCAAAGGCAUUGCAUGCUGGAUUGAUGUGGAACGCGUUGGUUUACAUGGUUUAUUUGAGGACAUUGGAGAGGGUCUGGCCAAAGCCAAGGUUGUGGUAGCUUGUAUAUCAGAUCAGUAUGCAACUUCAAAUAACUGCAUGGUGGAAUUCCGUUAUGCUGCCAACGCUUUGAAGCUACCAAUUAUAUUGGCUAUUGUUGGGACCGGCAGCAGAUGGAGGGCUACUGAGGUAGGCACACUGUCCCAGAAUUAUCCAAUGGUAAGCUUUCAAGAACAGCAAAGUCAAGCAGCCUUUGAACGCCUAGCUAACAUGAUUCAACAAUACCUUGUCACUCCAUGUAUUGAACGUGAGAAAGUGAAGGUGGCCAAAGAUGGCCAUGACCACAAGUCCCUUUCCUUUCAGGAGCUGUGUGAGCUGGUGCAGCGUAAAUUUCUACGCCAGCUUGCAGUUUAUGCAGAGAUCCAAGAUAGCAUCAUAUAUCCAAGGCUUUUCCUCAUUGAUUUCGUUAAAACUUUCAUGGACCCUGCUCAAGUACCAAGUGGAGAGGUGAAAAAUGGAGGUGAAGGUAAUCAGACACAGACACAGGAUGCUUCCAAGGUGGAUUUCCGUGAGAAGAGUUAUUGUGCACAUAUCUUGUGUGAACAGGAGGAGGGUUGGCACGUUUCAGGAGAUCCUUUACCUCUGCCACCUCAGUUUGGAACUACAUUAGAAAAAUAUGCUCCCUUCAUGGCCAGAAUCACAGCCAUUGCCAAAUACAGCAAGAAAAUGGUCAUGAAUUGCAUGGGAACAGAAGUGGGCAAGCAAUUUCUUCAGUGGCUAGAAAAGAAUCCUCAGAUUACAGAAAAUUCUGAUUUCCAAGACAGUUACCAUGCACUACGCCAGACUAUUGCAGAAGCAGACCAGUCCAGUGUUAUGGGUAAUACGGCCAGAUGCCAUCUUCCAAAUGGCCGUGUGGUAUGGUUGUGUGAAAAGCACAGGAAGAAUGCAAGAGUAACAGUGCUAAGCGAGGCAGACACCAUUACUAGCUCGCUUCAUACUACUGAGUCUGUUUCUGUGGACUACAUGAUUCAAGCCCUCCGUGAAAUGAACACCACAGACAUGUCAAAACAUGAGCCUCACAAUGAAUUCUCCACAGGAAAGCAUUCAAAGCUGCUACAUACUAAGCACGAAAUUCCAACCUCAGGAGCGUCGCCAUCUUCAUUGACUCUGUCAAGCACAGCCAGAGAUACAUCUUCUACAGAAUCUAAGUCAUUACAGCCAUUCACAUCAUCACAGACACUUCAGGUACAGGAGACUGUUGGACUUACAGGAUCUCUGCAUCGUCAGCCCUCUCAACUAACCUUCUCUGGAGUGAAGAGCAGAACAUGUGUUUUGAUGUAGCUGUGGCAGACUACACAUUUUAAUUCCUCCUUCAUUCCUCUUUAGAGCAAAGAUCUCCACUUUCAGCACAGACUUUUAGAGUUUGGGGCCAUACAUUGUUUUCUGUAAGAUUGAGGUGAAACUGUGUUUUUCACGUUACACUGUUAUUUAAAAACUAGCUUCAGCUGUUGUCGAUCAUAGUGGACCAAAGGUAAUUGUCAUGAUAGCAGUUGAUUUAGAUUCAGUUUGAAUUUGGUACUUUGAAACUGUCGUCAGGAGUUUUGUCAUUGUGCAUGUGAUUGCAUCUACAGGAAUGGGAACGUUCUUUGCCUUAUAUCUGAGAUUCAAGCUGUUUGCACACUAUAUAUAGGAAAAAUCAUGCUUUUUUAGAUUUUGUGAUUUAUUAAACAUUAUACAGUUGCUACAAACUUUGCACUCAGGUAUUGUCUUCUAGUAUUUAAUCUGAAUUGCACAGGUUUAAGAAAAACAUUCAUAUUCACAUGCUUUAUCAUAUAUAUAUAUAUGUUUGUACAUAAGGAGGUAGAAAUUAGUGCAAUAUUUGUCUUGGAUAUUCUUAUACUUAUACACACCGCUUGAGUACAAAAUUAAAUUCACUUCCGGAUACUAUUUUCAAAUAUCUGAUCAAGUAAAUAUUCUGUUCAUGAGAUAGAGCUAUUUCAUGUUUUGAUUCUCUUUAUUGUAACAUCAUAAAGUGGGUUUGCUGCUACAGUGACACAUCAUCAUGAUUGAAAUAUAGUAUCACACUAGCUGCACUCAUUAAUGAUGUCAGAAGUUAGAUCUAGGUAAAAUAUCUCCUACUUUUCCAAAAGAAGUUUAUGAAAAAGUAUUUUCCUGAAGAGCUAAUGGCAACCAUAUUUUGCUAACCUGCAACAUUUGUAUAGUAAAGACUGUGACGGCAGUGAUAAGUGAUAAGGCUGUGGCGCGCUGUGUGACAUCACCGAGGGAGAGGAAAUGUCGGUCUUUGUUAGGAUUUGAACCUCAAGGGAUCUUUGGUGUGUCGUUAGUUGGAAUAGAGAUAUAUAUGUAUCUAUGACCAAGUAUUCAUGUCAUCAGCUCACACUGGGAUCGAGUUGAUGUGAUCGGAGGAUGAAAGAUUCCAGUGUCAUUUCUCUUAUUAAACACAAUAUCCUAUAAAACACUCAACUUUGUCCCCAUGAACAGACAUGAAAAUAGAUGAGAUUCAAACUGAUCCUACUCUUUACGAGAUUCUAAGCAGUUUUAUUUUGCCUUUACAAUCGCUUUAAGUUUAUCUUCAUCUGUGCAGUUCAAAUGCACAAAUUUCCUUCAUAGAUAGGUAAUCAUUUCCAGAAUAUAUAAAUUUAAUAAAGAAAUUAUGAUAUUAGAAGGACGUACUACUCGUUCAGCUUUUACACAACUGUCUGUAAGUUGAAUAUGUACAAAGCUAAUGAUAUACUGUAUAUAUAAUAAUGCACAAGAAGAAUAUUCAAUUUGGUAUUUAAAAAUGUAGCAUAUUUUGGGGAGCUUGUUUCUGUUAGAUGCUCCUCACAGAAGCUACAUUUGGUAGACCAAUUAACAUUAAAGAACAUUUAAAUCACAA